GAUGGACAACCUGACUGAGCACCAGAUGGCCGAGUUGCUGCUUAGAGUUGCAGUCCCAGGGGUCUGCUCCGUGUAACCGCACAGGCCGUGUCCCUGGAGGGAUGGGAUUCAGCUGUGCUGCUGUCUGGUUAGGAGAGAGCUCCGGAGACCAGGCAAGAUGGGAAAUGCCAAGAGCCUGUCAAGCCAGAAUAAGGGUUCCAAGUUCCUACCCGAGGAGCAGGCUGAGGUGGAUAGGCUGUUUGAUGUCCUGUCAUCUAAUAAAGGUGGCUCGGCAGCGAGGACGUUCUCUCUGGAGGCGCUAAAGAGCCACGUCAAGGAGGCUCUUCCUCCGGUGAUGGUCACCAGGCUUUAUAAUGGCAUGUGGAGGGUCAAGGCGACCCACAAGUCACAAGGGGGCGACAGGAAUGUCUCCCGGGAGCAGUUCACAGUGUUCCUGUCCCACCUGUUGAAAGGCAGCUUCGAGGAGAAGGGCCACAUGGUUAUGAAAAUGAUCGUAACUGCAGAGGGUCCUGUGACGGCCAGAGACAUCCAGAAGUUCACAGAGGAACUGGUGACCUCUGUGGUACACGUGCUGACCCACCGGCAUGAACUUCGAGGCUGGACUGGGAGGAAGUCCACAGUGUCCCUAACCAGUGUGCAGGCCAUGGCUGCCCAGCUGCUCUCAGAGAUGAAGUUUCAAGAUGGCCACAAGUUUCGGGGGCCUCAGUGUCUGGACCAGGUCUGCGACCAAACCGUGAUUGAGGACUGGGUGUUCCGUGUCCCUCACGUGGUCCUGUUUCUGAGUGUGGUCAUCCAUCGGGGCCUUCGCCUCCUGAACUCAUCCCUGGACCUUUCCACGCUGGUCCCCGAGCGCCACGUGGAUCAGGGGCAGCCGUUUGAGAGCAUCCUGGACGUGCUGCCAGUCAUCUACCUCAAUUCCCACCUGGCCAUAGAGCAGCGGCACCGCUGGCGCCUGCUCUUCUCCACACAGCUUCACGGACAGAGCUUUUCCCAGCUGUGCAGCCACAUCACACACCAGGGGCCCUGCCUGGUUGUCCUCGAGGACAGGGAUGGCUAUGUCUUCGGUGGCUUUGCCUCCCGUUCUUGGGAGGUCAAGCCUCAGUUUCAAGGGGACAACAAAUGCUUCCUGUUCUCCAUCACGCCCAGCAUGGCCACGUACACGUACACGGGCUACAAUGACCACUUCAUGUACUUGAAUCACGGACAGCAGACCAUGCCCAAUGGACUGGGCAUGGGUGGGCAGCACCAUUAUUUUGGGCUUUGGGUGGCUGCAGACUUUGGGAAAGGACACAGCAAAGCUAAGCCCACAUGUACCACCUACAACAGCCCACAGCUGUCUGCCCAGGAGGACUUCCAAUUUGAUAAGAUGGAGGUGUGGGGGCUCGGCGAUCUGUUAGAGACACGUCUGGUCAAGAACAAGAAGAGCAUCCUUGACUCGGAUCCUGCAGCCCAGUCCCUGCUGGAGAUCGGUGGACGGACUCGCCACAGCGAGGGACUGCGGGAAGUCCCUGAAGACCAUGAUUGAGGCUCCUGAACCGUGGGCUUCCUGGAGCAAGGGCAGGGACUCCCCCAGGGAUACAGUGCACAGGGCAUCCAGAUUCCCCACUGCCGGGGAGACAAAACCCUGCAGACCCUCUGCCCUGACUCUGGCUUAGCUUUAACACCAGCCACAUGGCCACAGCCAACGCCAAAAGAAACCCCUCUGAAGCCAUAUUGAUGGGUGUGUUGCCUCCCAGGAUCCCUAUGCAUAGGUUAGAAUGUUGGCCUUAUACUUUGUCCAUUUUAUGUCAGUGGAAUCCAAGACAAAGAGGCUUGAAACCUGCCGGAACUGGUGAUUGGUAGGGGGCGUGUAUUCUUGCCUCAGGAGGCGGCUGCAUGCGUGGCCUUUGCUCUGGGUCUCAGUGGGCACCCUGAUUAUUCGUCGUGAGUGGAAAGACAGGUGCUUAGAUGAACAUCCUGGUACUUUGUAAGAACACCCUCCGCGCCACCAUGGAACUUCUGGGUUUGUAGCAAAAGCUCUGAAGGUAAUGUUUCUGGGGGCAGGACUCCUCAGAGCAGAUUUGGGAUGGGUGUUCCCAUCUAGUUUUCUCAACACCUUUUUAAAAAUGAGUCAGAUGAGCAAAUGGGUGAACUUGACCCAUCUGCCCAGAGACCAAGUCAUUACUCUGCUGCUAACUAAAAUUUGAGGGCAUCUGGAGGGAGCCAGAGUCUGGGUGCUUGCUUAAUGGAUGCCCAAGAUCCAUCCCUUAAGUCGGUGGUGGGGGAUGCCCAGCCGUGGCUUUGGAGUGGCAGCGUCUAGGUGCCAGCUCAAGGCUCCGCAGAAGGGUGGUGAGUGAUGGGACAGAAACUCCAGCGAUCCCGAAAGACUGGCGAGGACUCAGGCUGCGCAUCACACUGUAAGUCAUUGCCACCCAGUGUCACCCACUCAGAGGAGCCAUGGGCCCCUUCUCUGAAACCUCUACCUCUUCCCUUUGCCUUGUGCUGCAAACCUCAACUUUACAGAUCUCCUGUACAGUUUGCCUCAAUUAAAAGCCAUAGUAAAGCCA